GGAUAGAUCGCUCCCAAAAAGUCAACAAGCGUUCAUUUUAUAGGGCGGAAAUUGAAUAUAUGACGUGCGAUUUUUGGGAAUAAACGGCGCCAAGUCAAUCUUCCUUUUUCCCAAUUCCACCAUGCCAUCUUCACCGUCCUCGCGGUCGCACUCACGAUCCCGCUCUCGAUCACGAUCACCUGCACGCUCGUCUCGUCGUGACUACCGCUCCUCUCGUCGACGCUCACGGUCUCGUUCACGAUCGCCUCCUCGAAGACGUUAUUCACGCGAUCGCAACAAUCGACGAUCGGAAGGCGGGGGUGAUGGUCGUCGUCGUUAUCAAUGGGGCCGACCAGAUGAAGAGGAGAAAGAACAAGAACCUAAACCGGAGCAAAAGAAGCAAGAACCGAAUUUUGGAUUAUCUGGGAAACUUGCUGCCGAAACCAAUACCUACAAAGGCGUGGAGCUGAAAUAUAAUGAGCCUCCAGAAGCGGCCAAACCUACAAAAAAGUGGCGACUCUACGUAUUCAAAGGCGACGAACAAAUUGAUUUACUACAUAUUCACCGACAGACGGCUUUUUUGAUUGGAAGAGAUCGCAUUGUCGUCGAUUUGCCGGUAGAUCAUCCGUCAUGCUCCAAGCAACAUGCUGUAAUACAGUUCAGAGAAGUGAGAGAGGGUCCCAACAAGGAGCGACACGUGAAACCAUUCAUCAUUGACCUCGAGUCUACCAAUGGUACAUUCCUUAAUGGAGAACAAAUUCCAAGUACCCGAUAUGUGGAGCUGCGAGUCAAAGAUGUGCUAAAGUUUGGUCAAAGCACGCGGGAAUACGUAUUACUCCACAGCGAAAUCAACGAAUCGUAAUAGAUCCUCAGCGCAAGGAAGGUUAUAAAAUAGAUGGUACAAUAAAACAUCCGAUUCAAU